GUAGGUUCUGACCCGGAUGCGCAUGUGCCAAUAGCUAAAGGACCCACUGCCAACCCAACCCCCCCCCCCAAGCCCCUCAGAGCGGGCCGAGGCUUUGGACGCAAACGGAACCGGGUCACCGGAGAAGAAGUUCGCCCGCGAUAUCGGCCAGGUACGGGCUAUUAGCCGAGCUCCCCUGCGGUUCCUCUCCGCCCCGUGACGCGCGCUCUGUGGGAAGCUGUGUGUGGAGAGUCCAGUCAGAGAGUAAUUGGGGUGUAGGGUAGCAUGGAGCUGGACUCUCACACUGACUGCCUGGGAGCCAGGAGGACCAGUAACUGUUACUACAGGCUACGAGCUGGGCUUUGGCGCCAUGGCUGUAAUACUACACUUCCCAUGACUCCCAGCUGGCGCUCUGACCGCGGAGCAUCAUGGGAAAUGCAGGGCAGCUGGAGGGAUGCUAUAGUUACCGUCUGACUGGUCACCAUGGCGACAGGAAUGGGAGAAUGUGGGUACACCACCACCACCAGCAGCAGCUGCUGCUCUGAAACUCCCACAAUGCUGUGCGAGCCAUAUCAGAUCUGAUUAUUAUUGGCAUGGAUAUAGUGACAACUUAUUCCCAGGUGCCUUCCUGUAUUAGUAAAAGGGACACUGUAGGUGUCAUGAUAAUUCUUCUUCUCAACUAAGUGGUUAUGGUGUCUGGAGUCCCCUGGAACCAUCUUUCCUGUCUGCAUUAAACAGUUUUUUGUUUUUAUGUUUUAAUGCUAAACGAGAGUCCCCAGCCACCCAUCCUCUGCUGCUUGAACUAAUGAGAAAGUAUUAGCCUGAGCAGCAAUGGGUGUCUGUGAUUGGCUGAGAGUGAGAGUCAUUCAGCCUCUUUCAGAGAAAUUACAAGUAUGAAUUGGUAAAAGCUCUGCCUAAGCCAUACAUCCAGUGGGUAGCCAGGGACUCUCAUUCAGUGUUAAACUGGUCUAAAAUGAUUUAACAGUGGUUGGAUGGACAGUGCACCGGGGACUCCAGGCACUUUAACCAAUUUUAAUAAGCUUUUUUUGAUUAGAGUGCCCCUUGAAGGGGACUUUAAUAACAAAUGAAACAAUCUAAUAGAAAUUUUAGGAACGAUAGGUUAAUGAGGACCCUACUUAAAUGAGCUUGCAAUGCUUUAAGGAUCAUUGGAGAGGUCAUUUGAUGUAAGUGUUGUACUACUCUUUCGUGAGGCACUAGUGAGGUAUUUUUAUUUUUUAUAUAUAUUUUUUUAAAUAACCAAUAGGACAACAUAACACUACAGAGUGCUGAACUGGGUAUAAUGCUGGUUGUCCAGUAGUGUGGCGUUAAGCUGUGAAACCAUUUGAGAAAUGCCUGUCUGUGUCUGCUGCCUUUAAUAACUACGGUCUGAGCUAUUAUAGUAAAUGACGCUUUCAACAAACUAAUAAUAUCCCAUGAUGGUAUGUUAAAGGGAUUUUAUAGUGUAAGGAAUACAAAGUUUUAUUACUUGCACUAUAGCUACAUCUGCAUGCCUCUCCUUCAUGGAUGGCCCUCCGCUUCCUCUGACGCCACUCGACUGUGUGGGGGUGGCUAAAGCGCAUGCAUGGCAUUCACGUUUUUGUGAAACCAUGACCAAAUGGUUUUGCAAACAUAAUUAUUCAGCAUUCAAAACAUGCCUUCUGUGUUUGGAACACAACAUAAGUAAGUUGAUUUUCAUCAUAUAAGGGUUAUUCCAACCAAAAACAGUGUUUUAGAUUACACUAAAAAGUGGCUAAAAUUGCUGAUUAAAUAUCAGAAUAAACGGUCUGCUCCUAGUAUCCUCAAUUGCUUAUGAUAGUGCAGUAAAGUGGCUGUCCGCACGGAUCAGAGCUUAACUAGGUAGUAGAGCUCACUGCACCAACAGUGACUGCACAUCGAAAUAGACUUCCAGCAAUCUCCAGCUCCUGUAGCUCUACUACCUAGUUAAGCUCUGAUACGUGCAGACAGCCACUUUACUGCACUAUCAUAAGCAAUAAUAGUAGUAAGGAGCUGACAGUUUAUUAUGAUAUUUAAUCAGCAAUUUUAGCCACUUUUUAGUGUAAUUGGUGAGCAGGGUUUUUGUACUCUCUGCUUCCUAGGCAGGAUUUCUGGUGGGAGGCUGUAUAGACCAGUGUUUAGGGAUUUGCAGGCUUUAUUUAAGGGGUGCCCUUGAAGGCACAAGCACUUAAGGACUUUGAGAAUUACUCAGGAAUUUCUCCACUAUUGUCUUAAACCCACACUCACUAUAUAUAUUCCUGCAUAGCGAUAUCAAUUAUGGUCAGAGACACCAACAGGUAUACAGUUUACUUUUUAUUGAUAAAAUAAUACUCUGAGAACAGGAUGUUAUAUACUACUUUGUACUUAAAACUGUAAUAAUUGUGCCGCCAGGAAAAUUUAUUGUACCGCUUCACCUUGCAGCGGGUUAAUUUAUCGGAUUGAAAUAAUCCCUGCAAUUACACUAUCUCUGUACUAACGGAGACGAGCCAGGGCUAGUUAUACUAAUUAACGGUCUGACUUUAAGGACUCGAUAAUUGCUGCAGCCUAUUACUAUAGUGGAGUGACAGCAAUCCUAUAUUUGUACACCAGUGCUCUGAGCUACUAUUGUAUCAUGUAUGGCAACCGUUGAUACAUUGCUUCUAACUUAUUGCAACUUUACAUUUGUUAUCAAAAGAAGGGCUGUAUGCACAGAUACAUACUUUUGCAUUUAUAAACUAUUAGUGUUCUUAGUGUGUGCUCUGUAUAAUUGGUGAGCAGGGUUUUCGCAUUCUGCUUCCUAGGCAGGAUUUCUUGGAGGUUGUACAGACCAGUGUUUAGGGAUUUGCAGGCUUUAGUUAAAGGACCACUAUAGUGCCAGGAAAACAUACUCGUUUUCCUGGCACUAUAGUGCCCUGAGGGUGCCCACACCCUCAGGGACCCUCUCCCGCCUGGCUCUGGAAGGGGGAAAAGGGGUAAAAACUUACCUUUUUCCAGCGCUGGGCAGGGAGCUCUCCUCCUCCGAUCCUCAUCUCCUCCCAUGCGGCUGAAUGCGCAUGUGCGGCAAGAGUUGCGCGCGCAUUCAGCCGGUCAUAUAGGAAAGCAUUAUUAAUGCUUUCCUAUGGACGCUUGCGUGCUCUCACUGUGAUUUUUCACAGUGAGAAGCACGCAAGCGCCUCUAGCGGCUGUCAAAGAGACAGCUGCUAGAGGAAUUGGGGGAAGGCUUAACCCAUUCAUAAACAUAGCAGUUUUUCUGAAACUGCUAUGUUUAUAAAAGAAUGGAUUAAGCCUAGCUGGACCUGGCACCCAGACCACUUCAUUAAGCUGAAGUGGUCUGGGUGCCUAGAGUAGUCCUUUAAGGGGUGCCCUUAAAGACACAAGCACUUAGGGACUUUAAGAAUUACUCAGGAAUUUCUCCACUAUUGUUGUUGUCUUAAAACCCACACUAUCUCUGCGAGAGAGAGAUAUAUAUAUAUAUAUAUAUAUAUAUAUAUCUAUAUCUCUAUUUUUUUUUUGCAUAGCGAUAUUAAUAACCCAUUCUGGUUCUCCCUCCCACACAACAAUACAUGGUCUGAGACACCAACAGGUAUACAGUUUACUUUUUAUUGACAAAACAAUACUCUGAGAACAGGGUGUUAUAUACUGCUUUGUACUUGAGACUGUAAUAUUGUGCCACCAGGCAAACUAUUGUAACGGUUCACUUAUCGGAUUGAAAUAAUCCCUGCAAUUACACAAUCUCCGUACUAACAGAGACGAGCUAGGACAAGUUUAUACUAAUUAGUGUUCUUUAUGUGUUCUCUUGUGGUUUUACUUUUUUAGUAUUAAAAGUUUUUAUAUCUAAAGUGGUACACACUAUUUGUACCACUGACUGUCCCCCUCCCUUUUAAGGGAUUUACACUCUUCAGGACACUCUACCAUAAUUCCUUUUCUCCUGUUUUUUGUCUCUUCUUGUUGUUGGUGCAAAUAUUAUUGUACUAGGGGUUAACCCCCAUUCGGGUGAUUUUUCUACUUCGGUACCCCCUUACCCUUCCAUUUUUUUUAUAUUUUUUUUUCUCCUAGUUUUUACUAUGAAUGCAAUUUUAUCUUUACUUUGCACAUGUAUUUGUUGGAGGAAAAAAGUAGAGUUGACAUUUCCUCUUUUCUUAAUUGGACAUGAGAACUUGAUUGACUCAGUCUGGAGUAUAAGGGGUGUGUUUAAAGGAUCAGAGAGUCUUGCUUGCUUGGUGCACAUGUUAAUGAAUAAAAAUGAAAAAAAAAAAGUGUUAGCAGUUUCUUAUUUUUUAACACAAUUUUUUCUUUUCUCCAUUGUAGGCUUUAGAACUAUAUUGGUAAUGCAGUGGUUGUGACGAGCAUAAUAUGGGUAAGUUUGUAUUUUAUAGAAUUAAACAUUAACUGAAUAGCUUACAAACUUACUUGCAUGUAUGCUUUUUGUCAUUGAGUGGUUAAACAAUAGUUAUUUUCUAUGUUUACUUUUCCAGAUUUAUUUAAUUAUAAUUGUAUUUGUUUUUGUACUGGCAUAGAUAUAUUUCUCAAUGUCGACAUUUAUGCUUUAUUUUUUUUAAUUUUUUUUAUCAGCAGAUGAUAUACGAGAAAUGGUAUGGGAAAGUGAACAAAAUUCCACAUUUAAAGCACCUUGUAAAGAUCCUGCACAAGAUUCUUCCUGCACCUAUGCUAUCCAGGUUUGAAUAAUUUUCUUUUAAACCUGCUUUAAUUUUUACAUGUAUAUAGCUUCUGUUUGUGAUAGCUUGAGAAACAUAUAGAGGCUCUGUGGCUUAAAUAAAUAUACACAACUUGCCUUUUUACCGUAAUCUGUUGAAAAUGUUGGUGCUAUAAAAAUACACUGCUCAAAAAAAAAAUAAAGGGAACACUUAAACAACACAAUGUAACUCCAAGUCAAUCACACGUCUCUGAAAUCAAACUGUCCACUUAGGAAGCAACACUGAGUGACAAUCAAUUUCACAUGCUGUUGUGCAAAUGGGAUAGACAACAGUGGAAAUUAUAGGCAAUUGGCAAGACACCCCCAAUAAAGUAGUGGUUUUGCAGGUGGUGACCACAGACCACUUCUCAGUUCCUAUGCUUCCUGGCUGAUGUUUUGGUCACUUUUGAAUGCUGGCGGUGCUUUCACCGCGUGCUCUAGUGGUAGCAUGAGACAGUCUACAACCCACAAAAGUGGCUCAGGUAGUGCAGCUCAUCCAGGAUGGCACAUCAAUGCGAGCUGUGGCAAGAAGGUUUGCUGUGUCUGUCAGCGUAGUGUCCAGAGCAUGGAGGCGCUACCAGGAGAGAGGCCAGUACUUCAGGAGACAUGGAGGAGGCCGUAGGAGGGCAACAACCCAGCAGCAGGACAGCUACCUCUGCCUUUGUGCAAGGAGGAACAGGAAGAGCGCUGCCAGAGCCCUGCAAAAUGAUCUCCAGCAGGCCACAAAUGUGCAUGUGUCUGCUCAAACGGUCAGAAACAGACACCCUGAGGGUGGUAGGAGGGCCCGACGUCCACAGGUGGGGGUUGUGCUUACAGCCCAACUCCGUGCAGGACGUUUGGCAUUUUCCAGAGAACACCAAGAUUGGCAAAUUCGCCACUGGCGCCCUGUGCUCUUCAUAGAUGAAAGCGGGUUCAGACUGAGUACAUGUGACAGUCUGGAGACACCGUGGAAAACGUUCUGCUGCAUGCAACAUCCUCCAGCAUGACUGGUUUGGCAGUGGGUCAGUAAUGGUGUGGGGUGGCAUUUCUUUGGGGGGCCGCACAGCCCCCCAUAUGCUCGCCAGAGGUAGCCUGACUGCCAGUAGGUACUGAGAUGAGAUCCUCAGACCCCUUGUGAGACCAUAUGCUGGUGUGGUUGGCCCUGGGUUCCUCCUAAUGCAAGACAAUGCUAGACCUCAUGUGGCUGGAAUGUGUCAACAGUUCCUGCAAGACAAAGGCAUUGAUGCUAUGGACUGGCCUGCCCGUUCCCCAGACCUGAAUCCAGUUGAUCACAUCUGGGACAUCAUGUCUCGCUCCAUCCACCAAUGUCACGUUGCACCACAGACUGUCCAGGAGUUGGCAGAUGUUUUAGUCCAGGUCUGGGAGGAGAUCCCUCAGGAGACCAUCCGCCACCUCAUCAGGAGCAUGCACAGGCGUUGUAGGGAGGUCAUACAGGCACGUGGAGGCCACACAAACUACUGAGCCUCAUUUUGACUUGUUUUAAGGACAUUACACCAAAGUUGGAUCAGCCUGUAGUGUGUUUUUCCACUUUAAUUUUGAGUGUGACUCUAAAUCCAGACCUCCAUGGCUUGAAAAAUUUGAUUUCCAUUUUUAAAUUUUUGUGUGAUUUUUGUUGUCUGCACUUUCAACUAUGUAAAGAACAAAGUAUUUCAGAAGAAUAUUUAAUUCAUUCAGAUCUAGGAUGUUUGUGUUCCCUUUAUUUAUUUUAAAGACAGGCCAACAUAAUACAAUACAUGCUUAACAGUGUUAUGUCAGAUAUAAUUAUUAAUAUGUACAGCAACAACAUGGGUCGAUUCGUUAUCGUUGUAGUCAAUCUUGUGGGUUAUGAUGCUAUUUAUGAUUGUACAUAGUUUGCUCUACAUCCCGUCAUUAUAUACUCUGUAUCGACCUUCUAGUGCUUAUCGCGUCUUGAUGUUUUUUGUUUUUUCCUCCAUAAAAUGAGUUGUAGUACGGUAUUGAAAAUGACAUUUAGGCUUACGCAGAAGCUCAGGUACUUUCUAAGUAUUGCAAGGUUACAGAAUGAAGAAAUGGUUGGUUAGUUAGUGAAAGUUGUAAAUUCAAUUGUAUUUUCAUUUCUUACAAUGUGUCGAUAUUGGCACAUGGAAUCUGCAGCAUCCUGUCUAGGAGGGUUUGCUAUAGUAUUGAAUAUCACCUCUAUUCGUGUAUUUAGAUCUUUGGUAAACAAAAAAGCAGUGUACUAUUUUAACCCCUUCAGAACCGGACUGUUUUUGCAAUGUUUGUGCGUUAAGGACCAGAGCUAUUUUAACAUUUUUGUGGUGUUUGUGUUUAGCUUAAUUUUCCGCUCUCUCUCUCUCAUUUACUGUUCCGAUACAAAUUAUAUAAUUUUAUUUUUCAGGACAAAAAGGGCUUUCUUUACAUACUAUUUUUAUCAUGUCAUAUAAUUUUAAAAAAAUCAUAAAAUAUGGUGAAAAAUUAAAAAAAAAACAAAAAACUUUUUUUGACUUUUACUUAAAAAAUCUUUUACUGAUCUACAAAAUCGAAUGAAACUGCUAAAUAGAUUCAAAAUGUUGUCCUUAGUUUAAAAACACCCAAUGUUUGUGUUUUUUUUUUUUUGCUUUUAUUUGCAAGUUAUAGGGCUAUAAGUACAAGUAGGAAAUUGCUGUUUUUAAAAUGUACCUUUUUCAAAUGUAUCAAUAGUAACACUGUUAUGUCAUAAAUCUGCAUGUCCUAUUUGGGACAUUUUUGAAGCCGACCAAUGUAUUUUACCCCCAUCAAACCAUAUAUUUUUGAAAAGUAGACACCCUAGGGUAUUUUACAUGGUGGUAUUUUAACACUUUCCAUGCACUAAUUCUACCACCAGGCUUUGUCAAACAUUGAGUUAGUAAUGUGUUUUUUUUUAUUUUAUUUUUUUUUCACACACAUUGUACUUUAGGCAUGAAUUAACAGAUCCUGUUAUGUAUCACUGCCAAACACCCCAAUAUGUGUUCAGCAAGAUCUCUUGAAUCCAGUGAUACCACCCAUGUAUAGGCUUGUCUGGUUCUUUGGGGGCUAAAAGGCCACGUUUUGGCAAGUGCGCUUAUCAGUUUCUCAACUUGGAAUUUUGACAUGUGAUCUAUUUUUGAAAAGUAGACAACCCAGGGUAUUUUAAAUGGUGGUAUUUUGACACUUUUCAUGCACUGAAUUCUACCACCAGCCUUUGUCAAACUUUUGGGUAGUAAUCUAUUUUUUUUUUUUUUUUAAAGCUUUAUUGGUCACACACACAUUGUACUUUAGGCAUGAAUUAACAGAUCCUGUUAUGUGCCACUGCCCAAUAUGUUCAGCAACAUCUCCCGAGUACAGUUAUACCCCCCAUGUUUAGGGUUGCUGGGUUGUUUGGGGGCCAAAAGGCAACAAUCAGAACUUGUACAUGUCAGUUUUUCAACUUGAUAUAUAGGUAUGCUUGGUCUAUCUUCAGUUUGACAUAUUUUUGCACCCCCCAGUUAAUGUUACCAUCAUGACAGUAUAUAUAGUAUAUAUUUUUAUAAAGCAGACAUCAAAGGUUAUAGAAGAUGGGGUGUUUUUGACUUCUUUCCCUCAACCAUUUUGCCCCCAAAGAAAGUGUAGUGGUAAUUUUUUAAUUCUGGUUUUUAUGCACACGUCAUCUGGUUUUGGCCAGCUGGGUAUGUGUUACUGCCAGAAAACUUGUUAGACCAAAUGUGCAGGUAGCAAAUGUACAUUUAGCAGCAAUCUUUAAACUGACUCCUACAAAUAGAAUCUAACUGGAGAUUUGGGGGAAUGAAACUGACUGACUAACAAAAAAUGGCUGCUUUCCAAAGAAACAAAAAAUAAAAAUUCAGGAACACUUCUUACAACUUUUCUGUGUGGUACAGCUUGAAACAGGUUCCUAUACACAGUCCUGGUUUCGAAGGGCAAUCAGGACAGUGAAAAGGGGUGUUUGUCCUUUUCCCGUUUUUAAAACCAACCCGGCAACGUUUCUGGGGGCUUUUUUUUAUUUAUUUAUUUUUUUAUUUAUUUUUUUUUAGCAGUUGGCGGUAACUUAAAAAUAAAAUGUCUGGACUCAGCUUGCACCGUUGUUGGAACUUGUCCAUCUCCAUAAAUUGUUAAAGAAAUUAUUUUCAACUGAAAUUGGAGAAAGGUGGUUUUCCCUGGAUUUAUAAAAAAAAAAAAAAAAGCAAAAAUGAGUUGUGGGUUGCUAUUUGCAUCAUAUAGAUAGCCACCUUUUUAUACUAUGCUUUGGUUUUUCGUAAAAUAAGAUAUGGCUGCAUCAGCUGAUCAGCCAAAUCAACACCCCCCAUGUACUUAUUAUACGCCCUGAUGCAAACCGGUUUGGACUCUUCUCUGCCCCGGACAGAGACGUCUGUCAUGCGUUCGUCAUAGUUGGUGGUUAGCAUGUUGACAUCCUUCCUGUCCCUAAAUUUUUAGUGCAAGCACUUCAGCUUUGCGAAGUGCUUUACAUUUGCCUUUUUUAAAUUUUGCCUCUAUGAGAGAUCGUGGAAAAUCUCUGGAUUUUUUUUUGGCACUGCCGCAGGCCAGUGUCUGUAAACCAUAAAGUGUUUUUUAAGCAGACGGACACUACUAUAAAAAUAAUCCACAAGGGGUUUAGUAGGUCCCAUACAAGUUUCCCACUUGUCCCCAGGGAGUCAGGACAGCCAGGAGGGUCCAGUUGACCAUCUUUCCCCUCAUAUACACAAAAGGCAAACGUGUAUCCACUUUCGCUCUCGACAGUUUUAUGCCAUACCUAGAGCACUUUGAGGGGAUGUAUUGUCUGAACCAUAAUCUCCCUUUGUAUUUCAUUAGAGAUUCAUCUAUGGAUAAAUUUUGUUGGGGGAUAUAAACAUCCGAAAAUUUGUCCUGAAAAUGGUCUAGCAGUGGGCGUAUUUUAUAAAGCCUAUUGUAUUGGGGGUGAUCUCUAGGGUGACAGAGGGUAUUGUCACUGAAAUGUAAAAAUCUCAGCAGUAACUCGUAUCUGGCUCUAGGCAUGGUUUGGGAGAAUACUGGACUAGACAUUAUUGGGUUGGUGCUCCAGUGUGAGCAAAUCGUUUUGCUUCUUUAUAAUCCCCAAGAGCAUUGUAAGAGCCCAGAAUUUUUUAAGCUCUGGGACAUCUGUGGGUUGCCAGUCAUGCUCCCUUACUGUAUAGCUACCUGGAUUGUUAUCAAUAAAUUGGGUAGCAUACAAGUUAGUCUAGGACGCAAUCUCCUCCCAGAUGGUAUCCCCUAAAAAUAGUUCUACAUACUGCAUUUGGGAGAAGCCGUCCACAUUAACAUUAUUUUUUUUUCAAUUCUUUAUUUUUGCUCAAUAGACACGAGUGUACAUCAACUUUUGGGCUUACGCAGAAGCCAACUUGAAAAUAAAUUUUGGGAACAUAAUGCAGUUCAACAGAUACAAUAUAUGCCCAUUCCUUAAAAAGCCGUUGGUACCUGCCGUCUACUGAGAGUUUUUAUAUUUUUAUAUAAUAAUUCCUUAUUUUAUUAAAUUCUUUAUUUUUGUUUUUUGAAAUUCUUAAUUUUCACAAUAAACGAAACAGGUGUAUAUUCAAUUUUGGGCUUAUAAGGAAGCCAUUUGAAUAACCUAGCUUUAUAAGGAUAUCCUUUCUGGUACCCGCAGUCUAUUGAGGUAUUUUAUGUUUAAGUCAAAGACAGGCAGUUAAGUAGUUCAAGUAGUCUUUAUGUUUCCUUAUCAAUCUAAGCUACAUUAUUCCUCCGACCGUGUGAUCCUGCCUGGAAAAAGAAAACAAACGGAGAGAAGAGAAAAGAGAUGGGGCAAGUAGAGCCCAGAGAGAUAGAAAAGGGAGAGGGGAGUUGAGGGGAUCGCAGCCACUUCAUUGACAAUCAAGUCACAUUCAAUAAGGGUGUUUAUAUCUUAGGUUCAUUCCCAUAUGUGGGAGGCCCUCAGUCUCUACUCGUGCCCACUAUACUAUUGUCCCACGGUUCCCACGUUUUUUGGAAUGUCGUGAUGGUCCCUCUACCCUUGCCGUAAGAUCGUCCAUAAUUCUACAUUCUUUGAUUCUGGAAAUAACCCUGUGAAUUUGGGCCCUCAGGUGUGAGCCAGAUAUCAUCUUGUUGUCGGCUGUUCCCCAUAUGUGGGAGGCCCUCAGUCUCUACUCGAGCCCACUAUACUAUUGUCCCACGGUUCCCACGUUUUUUGGAAUGUCGUAAUGGUCCCUCUCACCCUUGCCGUUAGAUCUUCCAUAAUUCUACAUUCUUUGAUUCUGGAAAUAACCCCUGUGAAUUCUGGGCCCUCAGGUGUUAGCCACGCUGUCGCAAUUGCUCGGCAUGCACACAAAGUAAUCUUGUUACUAAUUUCUGUUCCCUUUUGGUCCACCCGUCCACAGAUCUAUUCAACAAGUAUAUCCACGGAUCCAUUUUUAGGGGCCUUUCGAAUGUCUGUCUUAACAGAUCCUCCACGGAUCUCCAAAAUCCCCGUAGCUUCGGACAUUCCCACCACAUGUGGAUGUAUGAUCCUCGGGCUCCACAUCCCCUCCAACAAUCGUCAGUCUCCCGUUUGUGCAUUCUAUGUAGUUUGAUUGGGGUAGUAUACCACCUAAACAUAGUUUUCCAUGCCUGCUCCUGGAGGGUGACACAUAUUGAGACUUUAGCGUUCACCUCCCAUAUCUCCUGCCAUUCGACUCCCUCCAGAGUCUCCCCGAAGUCGGUCUCCCAUUGGUCCGUGUAUGACAAUCUUCCCCAUUCUCCAUUUUCUUCACAGAGGUGUGCAUAUAAUAGUGUGAUCAUCCCCUUGGGGGCUUCCCCGUCCGAACAUAACCUCUCGUAGAAGGUGGGUUUCCCCAAGGCUGCUGUUUUAAUGUGGUGUUUUUUAGCGAAAUCCCGAAUUUUAACGUACCUAAAGAAAUCUGCGGGGGUUAGGUGAUUACCUGAUUGAAGAUCUGCGAAUUGUAUAACCUCCCCAUUUUGAUAGAGCUGAUGUAGCCGUUGUAGUCCCGUUCUUUCUAUAUUGCGAAAAUCUCUGGGGGCCAUGCCAGGUGGGAAUUCUGUUUCUAAGAAUCGGGGUUAAGGGGGAGGGGGAUGAUGCAAGCCCGUAUUUGGUUUUACAUGUGUCCCAUAUUCGAAUCGAGUUGAGUAUCGCCGGGCAUGUUAUCCGUAUCGCCGGUCUGUGUUCCUUGGGGACCCAUAUCGUAAACUGGGGCACGUCGACACCCACCAUCAUAGACUCAAUUUCUACCCACCUUCUCUCAUCCAGUGUGGAGUGCCACAUGGCUAUCUGCGUUAAUUGAGCCGCUAGAUAGUAGAAGUAGAGAUUCGGGAGGUCCAGGCCCCCUCUAUCCUUACGUCUGUAUAAUAUCUGUUUGGCAGAAUAAGAGACAUAGAAUCUCCAAACAAAGUCUCCUAUAGAUCUUUGCAGGGGGAUCAGUUGCGUCUUUGUGACUCUGGGCAGCGCCUGAAAGAGAAAUAAUAUGCGUAGUCGUAAUGGUCAAGAGGACGUCGUCAGCAUAGGCUGACACUUUAAACUCUUUGUCUCCCACCCUAACACCUGCAAUGUUCGGAUGCCGGCGUAUCGCCUGAAGCAAGGGCUCAAGCGCUAGUACAAAAAGAAAGGGAGAGAGUGGGCAGCCCCGUCUUUUCCCAUUAUGUAGUUUAAAAGGAUGCAGUGGGGCUCCCGAUAUCUGUACCUGUGCCUGUACGUUGUGAUACAUCGCUCUUGUUAUUGUUAAAAAUUCGUAAUGUGUCUUACGGAAGGGGCAGCUACUUCUAGUAAGAAUUGCCACCCCGUUUCGUUUGCAGUGGGACCUGCCCUCGUAUGAACCGGCAUAUGCGUGGUCUCUCAACCGAAACUUGGCCUGUUUUGGCAAGUGGGUCUCUUGGACAAACGCAAUGUCCGAUUUUCAUUCUCUUCAGUUCUUUGAACAGGAGUCGACGCUUCUUUGGGGUGUUGAGGCCCUUAACAUUUAGGGAAGUGAUCUUAAUCUCCAUCUGGCGGAGCUUUUGGGGUUCUAUAUUUAUUUCUCAUGACCUUAGUCUCAUCUUGCUCCCUGUUAGGGCUCUGAAAGAGAGCCGCUGCUAGCCCCACACCCCCACCACCCCUCAGAAUAAGAGUAAAAAAGGAAGGGUAAGGAGAAGGAAAAGUAGAGAAUAAGAACAUCUGCACUCAGCCCGAUGUACUGAAGUUCUGGUCUUACCGAUUGCCAGAAUAUUGUGGGGAACAUAGUCCCACUUCCCUGCCACGAUCAACGUUGGGAGAAACAAUGGGACCCUGAGCUCCUCCACUUAGGCGCCACUUAUUAUUUGCUUGGACCUCUAUGUGGACCGAUAAAGUAACAGCAUUAUCUAGCCUAUUUGGUGCCCGUUCCCCUCUUUACAGUAGUUCUGGUUCUGCCCGGGGAUCCCUAAACAAGUCUCUGCCCUUCAUGGGCCCAGGAAGAGACUGAGACUGUCUGGUCUCAUUACCCUGUGUUACCGGGGUCACCUCCCCUUGUGCAUUCACCUCCUCCCCGCCGAUAUGGAUCACGAACGCAUUGGAUCCUCUUUUUUUUUUUUUUUCUCUCUUUUUAUUUUUAUUUUUUCUCUUUUUAUUUUUUUUUAUUUUUUUUUUGCCUUCUAUCCUCACGCCCCAUCCAACCCCCAUGCCCUUAAAAAGCCAAUCCACCCCAUCAACUUGUUGUUCAUAACUUUCCGUUGUUGGUUGGGUGUCAUAGAUUGGGGGAGUAUACAGAUAUAUAUUCGUGGCUAUUUCCAUUGUAACGUAAUUAACCAUAUCUAAUACCAUAGGUAAGAGGGUUACACAUAACCAUAAUGUGCGCAGAUGCCUUAUUAAUUCGGGGAUCUCAAUACAGGACCUUGCCCGUUAGGAAAACCAAGAAUGCCCGAUCCCUUUACUCUAGGUCACCGAGGUCACCCCCCCGCCUCCCCGUUAACCGCCAUAGGUUACCGUACAAUAUAAAUCAAUCAACGAAACAAUAGUAUUGCGGGCUAUCAGUCUCGUUGCUUUCAGUACGGGUUGCUUAACGCAUUGGGUCCUCUCGUCUCUAUCGCCGUAAAUUUCACGGGGCUUGCCACCAUCUUUAAGAGUGCCGAAAUGGGGGGUAUAUCUAGUGAGUAAAAUGUUUGUCUGCAGAUACCUUUUCUCUGGAAAGGCCUGUUGAUUUAGCAAUUUUAAGAAAACCUGCCCUGUAGAAACGACACUUGUAGAUUUUGUAUUAUCAGAUUCUAAUUACUUUCUUUUGUGUUUUUCGUAUAAGUUUAACUAGAAAUAUUGUAUGUCUUUCAGUCCCGCUUUCUCUCCCUCGCAUUCUUUUCCUUUUUUUUUUUUUCCUCCUUAUAUUUAAACUUAAGCAAGAACAGAUGAAUACUCAUCUCAAAUGGUCAUAUCAGUGGGACAUUCGUAUAAUACACCGAAACUGUCCUGGGGUAUCAAUGUCCCUUAGUAAGGCCCCUACCACUGUCCACGCCCGAAAAAAGAAGGGAAGAGGUGUCGGUGUCCCAUUUCCAAGGGCAGUUACAGUGGUGCCGUGAGGCAGCCGGGGACCUCCCAAGUCAGCCCCUCAGUCCUGAGGGAAAAAAGGCCGGCUUUAAGUGCCCCAAGAAAAAAAAAAUAGACAGUACAAAUGCACUGCUGUAACAGACCUGGCAGGGAAGUGGUUAAAAGGGAAAAAAAAUUUAAAUUCACUUUAGAUACUGUAUAAAGCUCUGGAACACUUCUGCUGCAACAAACUAUCACGAUCUUUCCCUCUCGUCUCACAAAACGCUAAAGAGGAGAGAAGGGGCAGAGAUCACAAGUGAGUGUCUGUAACACCCACUUUGACAGCAGCUAAUUGUGAGCGAUCACGGAUCGCUCACAAACCGCAAUUGGCUGUUAUCUGCCUGGGAUGUCUGGCAGAUAGUUAGUGUUAUACUGGCGGGAGCGAUCUUUGCUUCCUGCAGCCCGUUUUUCGCUAUGACGUUCAGGACCGUCAGCGGUCCAAACGCACGUUUCACAGCUGACGGUCCUGAAGGGGUUAAAGGCACCCGGACCACUUCACUUCAUCUCUAAGGAAGUGGUCUCUGGGUGCAGUGGUCAUGUAAUUUUAUCACUGUAAUGUAAAACAUUGCUGUUUUAGUAGAUACAGUAAUGCCUACACUGCAGGGUUAAAGCGGCACUGUCACACUGUUGUACUUGGCUUUCUCAUAUUGUUUCCUCUUCUCUUCCUCUCUCCGAAUAUGUUCCUCUUCUUUAUUUCUGAUCUAGUUUUCUUUAAAACACAAGACAAAGUUGGGACUACUUUGCCAUAUGUAUUUUUCCUACACUUGACUUUUUUUUUUUUUUUUUUACCAAAGGAGGAACUUAAAUUAGCUGAACUUCCUGUGUCAAAGAAAGUACUCACCCAUCUCCUUGACAUAGGAAAUGGAACGGACCUAAGCUCCUACUUUGGUAAAAAUGUAAGUAAAAUACAUAAGACAAAGUAAUCCCUACUUUGUCUUAUGUUUUAAAGAAAAGAACAGAUUCUGAGAGAGGAAGAAAAGAGGCAACAAUAGGAGAAAGGUAAGUUUGGCGUGACAGUGCUGUUUUGAAUACAACUCUGUUCCUUUUAAUACAUCAUUUUAUGAGAGUUCGUUUGUGUAAAAACGUGUGUGGUGUGUUUUUUUUUUUUUUUUUUUUUAAAUAGCUAUUUACCUAUUUGGUUAUGAUUGCAGCAUUGCCCUAGUACUAAAUCCAUCAUUUGACGUUCUUUACUUUUACAAUAGUUGUGGAAAACCCUGUGUAGUUUCUAGAGUAAGCUAAGCGUUUAAAUUGUCUUAAUCCAGGAUAUUAUUUGUGUUUAUAUCGGUAAUCUUACAGGAUACAUUCUUCCCAUGCUUUUCAUUUGCUAAUGACUACAAAAAUUUGUGUGUGCAUAAUCUUCGAUAUGUUUUGGUUAAAUUUCUACAUGUUACAUUGUGCAGACCUGUUGCUUCAAGUUGACGUAAAUUGGCAAUUUAAAACUUAUUUUUUUUGUCUUUCCUUCUUAUCUAGUUCACUCCAUUUCUACAUAAACCCUUGGAGAGACCGGUAAUGACUUCCCUUCCAAAAUCAAAUUUCUAUAAAGGUAAGUUUUUUUUUUUUUUUUUUUUUUUUUUUUUUAUAUUUUUUGAAUUUCUAUGAAUAUCUGUUCUCUGUGACAUUAUUGAUGAUGCUGUUUUUGUUACAUGCUGAAAUGGGAAAAAAAAAGGUUCCAGUAUUAUAUAUUUUUUUUUUUUUGGUCAUCUGAUCUCAGCAGUAACGAGGGCUUUUUCUCAGCCAUAUUAUAUUUAGCUGUUUUCUGAGUCCAAUAAACAAGUUUGGGAUCUAGUAUUGCUAUACACACUAAAACUAUUCUGACUCCCUAGCUUUACUCCAAUUUAUCCUUCUUUUGAUUCAAUAAAGUAUUUGUAUUUUGGAUACAUUUUGUACAAUCUAGCUGUGGGUCUUAGGUUUAUUUACCACACUAGGCUUAUCUCUAAGCAAGUUAUUUAACUGACAAUAUAAAUUUUCUUUCCUUUUUUUUUUUAAACAUACCUGUAUAGAGUUGUCGCCCUUCCCCCCCUGUUUUGGGAUGUACUCUCCUUUUGUUCUUGUAUGUAUGUUUUUUAUGAAGAACUUUCAAAAUUGAGGGAUGACACAUUGGAUAUAGUUCCAAACCCCAUUGAACUGUGCACACUUAAUUAAAGGACCACUCUAGGCACCCAGACCACUUCAGCUUAAUGAAGUGGCCUGGGUGCCAGGUCCAGCUAGGCUUAACCCAUUCUUUUAUAAACAUAGCAGUUUCAGAGAAACUGCUAUGUUUAUGAAUGGGUUAAGCCUUCCCCCUAAUCCUCUAGUGGCUGUCUCAUUGACAGCCACUAGAGGCGCUUGCGUGCUUCUCACCGUGAUUUUCACAGUGAGAGCACGCCAGCGUCCAUAGGAAAGCAUUAUGAAUGCUUUCCUAUGUGACCGGCUGAAUGCGCGCGCAGCUCUUGCCGCGCGUGCGCAUUCAGCCCAGGAGGAGGAACGGAGGAGGAUCGGAGGAGGAGAGCUCCCCGCCCAGUGCUGGAAAAAGGUAAGUUUUAACCCCUUUCCCGUUUCCAGAGCCGGGCGGGAGGGGGACCCUGAGGGUGGGGGCACCCUCAGGGCACUAUAGUGCCAGGAAAACGAGUAUGUGUUUUCCUGGCACUAUAGUGGUCCUUUAAAGCAAUAGCUUUUUUUUAACUACUGGAUAUUUUUAAGACUGCAUUUGAUUGUUUGUUUUAUUUAGGCGUGUGUGUGACUAGAUCUUAAAUUCUUGGGAAUAGGGGCCACAACUACUUCUGUGAAAAUGUUGUUUUGCUUUUGCUAUAGUCUGUUAAAAGGAACCGAUUCACUGCUAGCAUUGAGUGGUCAAUUAAGAGUGCACAUCUUCUAAUUGGGUGUAUUGUGACCUGGACAUCCAGAGUCAUGUGCUUCAUAUUACAGUUGUAUCUGUUUAUAUCCUUGAAACAUGCUUUGCUAUGCAACUGCAUACCUCCAGGUCUUUGCUAUCUAUUCAUUGGUUCAUAGCUGGAAGAAGCUAGUUCUAUUUCCAUGGUUGGAUUAGAGGGGGAAUACGAGUAUCAUGUGCACUCAAGCAAAUAACUGGCAUAACUGUAGUUCACACACAAGCCUAUACUUCUGUGACCAUCAGCUUAGUAAUAUAUGUAUAAUGCCAGUUGUAUGCAAAUGUCUUAAAGCAAGCAUGUCAAACUCAAAGGCUAGCACAGGCCAAAUAUACAAGGUUUAAGUUUGUGGGCUGCAAAAAAAAAACGCUUAAGAAAUGUAGGUUUGUUUUAAAAAGUACAGUCGAAAAAAACAAAAAAACAGCAUCUCAGUCCCCCCAUGCUGUGCUGUUACAGCUUGGUUCUUUCCUCUGCAAAAGUAAAUUACUUCAAUACCCUCAUAACCACACUCUCCCGCCGACCCAAACGGCUAUAUCACACUUUUAACUCUCUUCUUCGCCCUGUUGCUGCUGCUCCUCCUACCGACUUAAAUGCCACAAACUUUUCAACUCACUUCACUGAUAAGCUCUUUACAAUCAGGGAAGAGAUCUCUCAUCUUUCUUCUUCCCCUUACAAUAUUUCCCCCAACAUCACUCCUUCUGCUGUUCUAUGUUCAUUCACACCCGCUACAGCGGAGGAGGUUUCUGAUCUGCUCCAGUCCUCCCGCCCCACCACCUGCUCCCUUGAUCCUAUUCCCUCACAUCUCAUCCGUUCUGUCUCCUUCUCUUGCUUUGCAUCUCAAUAAAAUUCUCAAUCUCUUCCUCUCUUCUGGCAUAUUUCCAUUACCCUUCAAACAUGCGACUGUAACCCGAUUCCAAAAAAAAGCCCAACCUUGACCCUAACUCCCUGUCCAACUAUCGCCUAUCUCGCUACUGCCUUUUGCGCCAAGAGCCUUGAAACACUUGUGUAUGUGAGAUUGACAUACUUCCUCGAGUCCAGUUCUCUGCUCGACCCACAUCAGUCUGGUUUCCGCACUCUGUGGAAAUGGCUCUAACCAAAGUAUUAAACGAUGAUCUCGCUGCAAAAUAUCAUGGUCACUUCUCUAUCCUAAUUUUCUUUGACCUUUCUGCUGCUUUUGAUACUGUUGAUCAUAAACCGCUUCUUCUCAUCCUCCGUAAUCUUGGUCUACGAGUUAUUGCUCUCUCCUGUUGCUCCUCGUACCUCACCCAGCACUCUUUUUUUAGUGUCUCUUUCUCUGCCUCUUCUUCCCAACCUCUCUGUUGGUGUCCCCCAAGGUUAAGUCCUUGGUCCACUACUGUUCUCGAUCUAUACUGCCUCCCUUAGUAAAUUCAUCAGCUCCUUUUGGCUUCCAAUAUCACUUCUAUGCGGAUGACACGCAAAUCUAUCUGUUCUUCCCUGAUCUCUCCCAGCCCCUGUUGACUAGUAUCUCUGACUACCUCUCUGCUAUUUGUAACUGGAUAGCUGCCCUCUUCCUUAAGUUCAACUUGUCCAAAACAGAACUUCUGGUCUUUCCUCCCUCAAGUGUUGCUACCCCUGUUUGUCUCACUCCACGUUAAUGGUGCUACCAUCAGCUCCACCAUGCAGGCUUGCUCUUUGACUCCGACCUAUCCUUCACCCCUCAUGUCCAGUCGAUCACCAAAUCCUACCGCUUCCAUCUUAAAAACAUUGCGCACAUCCGCCCCUACUUUACACCUGAUGCGGCUAAGGUGCUGGUCCAUGCCAUUGUCCUCUCUCGUCUUGACUACUGUAAUCUGCUUCUCAGUAGUCUUACAUGAUUCCAACUUGCCCCAUUGCAGGCAGUCCCACUGCAGACAGAUACUUGGACACCUAUUGUGGCCAUGUGAGGGGUCUAUUCAGCAAACGUUAUUUUACAGACUCAGCUGACUGUUUUAGUUAUUAUUGGCAUUUAUAUAGCGCCAACAAAUUCCGUAGUGCUUUACAAUAUUAUUGGAGAGGGAGAUUAAACAAUAAAUGGGACAAUUACAAAAACUUACAGGCACAAGAACUAACAACCUUGAGGGUUCUCCUGCAUUUGACUGUUUAAAAUACUUUUAGUGGUUACUAUUCACUAAACCAAAUAACCGAAUUGAGCAAAUUGGAUCCCUGGUAAUUUCAAACAAAUCUCACUCCUACAGUGAAAUUCAUUGCAAAAUAGUUCAACCAAAUGACAGUUUGCAACAGAACUUUGACUGUAUUUACCUGCAAGAAAAAAAUACAUUUUAAUGUGAAUUUAAAUUGUGAUAUAUAUAUAUUUUUUUUUUUUGUAUUCUUUUAUAUUGUGUUUUUGUGUCUCCCUCUCAGAAAUAUCAAAAACUGGGAAGCCGAUGACUGUGGACACAACAAUGUUCACACCGUCAUUUGACAUUGUUAAAGCAAAGCAAAAUGGCAAUGGUCGCGCUUCGAUAUUUCCAGCACAAAUCUCUGUCAAUCAGAAACAAAGAGCAAUUCGAUGUAUCCAUCCAGAUGCCAAAACUAUGAGGUAAAAGCAUGCACAGUUUGUAUAGUAUGGUUUAGUGGCUUUAAUACAUGUACCUGUUUGACAUGUCUUUCUAGACAUGCUAUGCUUAAUGGUAAAAACGUGAUGGAUACUUUUUGGGGGAAUUACGUGUAAUUGCUCAUAGUUACCCAUUCAAAUUUUGUAUUCUCUACAUUGUUUUUGCUUGGUGACAAACUUUGCAACUGCCACCCAUCUAUCUCAAGAUUUUACUUGGUUGGUAGAUGUGAUAAGCACCCAGAAUACAUCAUGUCUAUGAAGUGGUCUCUGUGUAGUGCCCCUGGCAUUUUGCUUCCACAGUGUAAUACAUUGCCAUUUGGGAAGUGCGGCAAUGUUGGAUUGCAGGGCUAAAUAAACCUCUACUGGCUGUUACAUUGACUGGCUGUCACUACAUGGUACUUCUGGAGUGAGAACAGAGUCAAACUCUGUAGCUGACCUUUUAUGUCCUCAUACAUUGCAUCAAGAUGUCAAAUUUAUCUUUGAUGCUUCUCAUAAAGAAACCUUGCAUUCAUUGAUUGGCUGACCCUGGUACUUCUCAUGCCCUUGUUAUACACAAUACUUCUCUAUAAGAAGCAUUGGGAUGGAAAGUAGUCUGUAGAUGUCUGCAUUCUUGCAGGUUAAAAAUAUGGGUUUUCCUAGCACUAUAGGUUUUUAAGGUCCCCCCUCUCCCACAGGAUUGAAGGGGUUAAAACCCUUUCAGCCACUUGCCUGAAUCAAGCGCCAAUGUCCCUCGACUCUGGGUCAGGCUCUGCCCACGCUCAACUUCAACUUCCACGCGUAUUAGACCUCCCCAUAGGAAAGCAUUAUUCAAUGCUUUUCCUAUAGGGAAAAUCUGACGCUUGAGGUACUUAUGCAGAGCGUACAGUAUCCUGUUAAUCAUUAUGUUCUAAUCUAGUACAUUAACCUCAGAUACAUGUCAUACAGAAGUCAAUGUUUUCACCAUUUCUUUACUUGUAGACAAUCUGACGACCGUCAAAUAAUAAAGCAAAAUGUAGAUUGUGUUCUGACAGUUAAUACUUAACCUUUCGUGGUAAAGGUAAACUAAAUAUUGGUGUAUUUUUAAGAACUGCAUUUCUGGUACACCUGUAAUUUCAGGGUUCAUUUAAAGUUUGUCUGUUUUUAUGGUAAUUUAAGCAUUUUUAUUUUAUUAGUGGGCCUUCAAACUUGGUUUUUCCAAAAACAAAUUCUGGUCUCUCGUCUGCUUUUGAAAAAUCGUUUCCUAUUAAGAGCGCUGCAGGUUCAUCCUCAAGGAGUGGCACAUGUCGACGUAGUCCAAAGAAAGUUCAAAGACGGUAUCUCAGUACUGUAGAAGAGGUAAAUGGGUAAAAUGUGGUCUUUGUCCUCCUUUCAUGUGAUGUGUCCAAUUUAAAAAUACCGUUUUGCUUCCAAUUGUCUAUUGGAUUGGUUACAUCUGAGUUAACACAAAAUAUUGAUUUGUAAACAUUUUAAGCAAACAUGUUUAUCUCCUGUCAGAUGUAUUACACUUUUUUUUUUUUUUUAAACUUUAAAAUACAGAGUGCAUGCACUGGCUUUAACCAUGUGUGGGAAGGGAGGCAUGGAGUAAGGGUUGGGCAAAAGGGAGGGUUUUAAAUAUAUUCUAAAAAUAAAAGGCAAAUUUUACUAAAUGGGGUGGGGGGAGGAGACUUUGAAGCUUUCCCUUGCAGGUGUGAUCCCAGUGCUGCCUGCAAAUAUAGAAGCUCAUAAUAUCUGUCUCCAGCAUGCAGGGUGUGCUGAUGAGUGAUGUCAUUUUUGUACAGAAAUCACACUGACUCCCAAAUGCAAUUUGGAGCUGCUGCUGUCAUGUGUGCCAGGGGUGCAACCUCUGGCACAAACGUACAAAUACAUAGUUACAUACAUAGUUGCAUAGCUGAAAAGAGACUUGCAUCCAUCACGUUCAGCCUUCCUUAUAUAUGUUUUCGCUGUUGAUCCAAAAGAAGGCAAAAAACCCAGUCUGAAGCGCUUCCAAUUUUGCAACAAACUAGGAAAAAAUUCCUUCUUGACCCCAAAAUAGCAGUCAGAUGUCUCCUUGGAUCAAGCAGCUAUUACCCCACUAAUUAGAAAUUAUAUCCCUGUAUGUUAUGUUUUUGCAAGUAUUUAUCCAAUUGCAGUUUAAACAUCUGUAUAGACUCUGACAAAACCACCUCUUCAGGCAAAUAAUUCCAAAUCCUUAUUGCUCUUAAUGUAAAAAAAACUUUUUUAUGCCUUAGAUGAAAUCUCUUUUCUUCAAGCCUAAAUGUGUGACCUUGUGUCCUAUGUAUAGGCCUGUUUGAAUAGAUUUCCAAAUAAUGGUUUGUAUUGGCCCCGAAUAUAUUUGUAUAAUGUUACCAUAUCCCCUCUCAGGUGCCGUUUUUCCAAACUAAAGAGAUUUAAAUUUUGUAACCUUUCUUCAUAACUAACAUGCUCCAUUCCUUUUAACAUUUUUGUAGCUCGUCUCUGCACUUUUUCUAGUGCCAUAUCAUCUUUCUUUAGAACAGGUGCCCAAAAUAGCACAGCAUAUUCAAGGUGUAGUCUUACCAGCGAUUUAUAAAGAGGCAAAAUUAUAUUUUCGUCUCGAAUUUAUGCCCCUAUUUAUACAUGACAAAACCUUACUGGCCUUUGCAACGGCAGAUUGACAUUGCAUAUUGCUGCCUAAUUUGUUGUCUAUAACAAUUCCCAAAUCCUUCUCGUGUGUGUGGUUAUCCCUAGUUCACUACCAUUUAGGGUGUAAAUUGCUUGUGCAUUCUUAACACCAACGUGCAUAACUUUGCAUUUCUCUACAUUACAUUUCAUCUGCCAUUUUAGUGCCCAGUCCCCCAAUCUAUCCAAAUCCCUCUGCAGCAAGGCAAUAUCCUACUCACAUUUUAUUACUUUACAAAGUUUUGUGUCAUCUGCAAACACUGAUACAUGGCUUUCAAUGCCCAUUUUAAGAUAGUUUAUUAUUAUUUAAGAUGUUAAAUAGAAGCGGUCCCAAAAUAGAACCCUGAGGGACAUCACUUACCACUUUUGUCCAGCUUGAAAAUUUACCAUUAAUGACAACUCGUUGUACUCUAUCCUUAAGCCAAUGUUCAACCCAAGAACAAGAAUAUUCGUCUAGACCAAUUUCUUUUAGUUUGAAGACUAACCUAUUGUGAGGAACCGUAUCAAAUGCCUUGGCAAAAUCCAUAUAGAUCACAUCCACUGCAACACCCUGAUCUAUACUUCUACUUCUUCGUAGAAUGCAAUUAGGUUAGUUUGCAGUUAGUUUGACAUGACCUAUGUUUCAUAAAACCAUGCUGAUUAUUGCUAAUAACACAGUUCUUCCCAAUGAAUUCCUGAAUAUUAUCCCUUAAUAACCGUUCAGAUAAUUUCCCAGUCACAUAAGUUAAGCGCACAGGUCUAUAAUUUCCAGGCAAGGAUUUUGAACCCUUUUUAAAUAUAGGAACAACAUUUGCCUUCCUCCAAUCUUCCGGUACAAUACCUGAAACAAAAGAAUCUUGAAAAAUUAAAUACAGAGGUUCACUUAUUUCCCCACUUGGCUCCUUAAGUACUCGUGGGUGUAUACUGUCAGGCCCCGAAGCUUUAUUUGCAUAAAUUUUCUUUAAUAGCUGUAGCACCUUGUCUCGAGUUAUCCAAUCACAAGUUAUCUGCAAGUUUGUUACAACAAUAAUUUGCUUAUCUCUUGCCAUAGAACCCUCAUUAAUAUGUACUGAAGAAAGUUAUUUAAAAUUUCUGCCUUUUCCUGGUCUUCAUUGACUAACAGACCCAUCUCUGUUUUCAGUGUACCUACACUUUCAUUUUUUUUAAAUUUAUUUUUAGAAUUGAUGUAAUUAAAAAAAAUGUUGGUGUUGGUUUUGCAUUCUUUGGCUAUCAAUUUCUCAUUUUCUAGUUUAGCCACUUUAAUUGCCUUUUUACAAGUAUUAUUGGCUUCCUUAUAUCUUUUAUAUAGGAUGCCUCUGGUUUUUUUUAUUUUUUUAUUUUUUUUUAUUUUUUAAUGCUUUAAAUGCCCUUUUCUUAUUUUUAAUCUCUUGUUUUACUUCUCUACUAAGCCACAUUGGUUUUAAUUUGUUUCUUUUAUAUUUAUUACCCAAUGAUACAUACUGUGAAAUGUACCUUACUAAUAUUUGUUUGAAUGGUUUCCAUUUUCCUCCGUGUUAUCACUAAGGAGUUUAUGCCAGUUGAUAUGUUGUAGAGCUGCCCUAAUCUUAUUAAAAUUGGCUUUUUAAAAAUUAUACGUUUUAUUAUACCCCACAUGCUUUUUUCUUUUUUGAGUUUAUUUCAAAAAUUAACAUGUUGUGAUCACUAUUUCCCAAAUGCUCCCCUACUUGAAUUUUCGUUAAAAGAUCAACAUUUUGUUAUAACGAGAUCCAAACAAGCAUCCUUUCUAGUUGGUGCUUGUACCAGUUGUCACAUAAAGGUGUUAACACAUUCAAAAAAACGGAUUCCCCUUGCUGAAGUAAUAGUCACUCUAUCCCAAUUUAUGUCCGGGUAAUUAAAAUCUCCAAUAAUUAACGUGUUACCUUGAUUUGCAGCUUUCCCAAUUUGCUCUAACAGCAGUUCUUCCUCAUUAAUAUUUACAUUUGGUGGUUUAUAACAUAUCCCAGCCAAUAAUUGAUUUCCCUUUGUUUCCCCCAAGCAGAUAUCUAUCCAUAAAGCUUCUACAUUUUCCUCGUCACACUCCACAUGACUAAGAUUUGACUAAGAUCUGACUACUUUAACUCAUGACUGACCUACAAACAUACCCCACCACCCUUCUUGUUUUUCCUAUCCUUCCUAAAUAAUGUGUACCCAUUUAAGUUAACUGUCCAGUCAUGUCUCAUCCCACCAUGUUUCUGUUAUGCCUAUUACAUUAUAUUGUUUAGUGUAUGCUAUUGCCUCUAGUGAGUCAUUUGUACUUUUUGUAAAUUAUCAAUAUUACAUACCUCCUCUGUUCUGAGCUUCCCCUCCCCCAUCUCCACCCACCUUUGUUGUGAGCUAAAGCCCAUCUCAUUUCUAUCCUAUCUCCAUUUUCUAGAUUGCUUUGACCCGCCCCCCCCUACUACUAGUUCAAAAUCUCCUCCAACCUUUUAGCCAUCCUAUCCCCCAGCACAGCAGACCCUCUUCUGUUUAGGUGCAAUCCAUCACCACUAUACAUGUUAUACCCAAGCACAAAAUCAGCCCAGUGCUCUAAAAACCCCAAACCCUCUUUCCUGCACCAAGACUUCAGCCACGCACUGACCUCUAUAAUCUCCCGCUGCCUUUCUGCUGUAGCGCGCGGCACAGGUAAUCUUUCUGAAAAUAUUACCUUGGAGGUCCUUUUCUUUAGCUUACUUCCUAGAUCCAUGAACUCACUCUUUAGGACCUUCCAUUUUCCUCUGACUUUGUCACUGGUACCAAUAUGGACCAUGACAUCUGGGUCAUCCCCAGCCCCUCCCAAUAUACAAAUAUCUCUGUGCAGCAUUUCUUAGAUGAAAAAUAAAAAUAAAAAAUAAAAUAUGACUACCUCCAAAAACAGAGUUUUUUUUUAUUUAUUUUUUAAACCGAUUCCCAUAAUCACCUUUUUUGUUUCCGGUCUCUUUGUUUUUCAGACUGUACGUGAGGAAGAAAAAGAGAUCUAUAGGCAACUACUACAGGUGGUGACUGGGAAAACGUAUCUGUCCACAACCUCUAUUUUUCCUCCUCAAACGUAAGUUUCUAUCAUCUUUAGAACUUGCAUACUUUAUAAACGUAUGUUUAUUGCAUGUUUAUUGAAACAGUAUUGUUUUGUGGCAGAUCUCGGUGUUUGAGUUCAAGCAACAGUAUUUCAGAACAACCUGGUGCUUCAAGCCUCAGUUCCCUAGAACCUUAUAGCCUGGAUUUAGAAACGUCAUACAAGCCCUCUUUAAGUUUUAUACAGCCAUCGACUCACGCUCUCGAACCAUUGUUUAAUAACACAUCUGAAAUUAAACUUAACAGUGAGGCUAGAAUCCCUAUUAAUAAACAGCUCUGCAAGGAACAAAAUCACACAAGUCCGUCACAAUCUGAAGGUAUGUAGUUUUUUAUUUUUGUUUGUUUUUUGGCAACAUGCAAAAUUUUGAACAUGCUUUGUUUUUUAACUUUUUAUCUCGCCUUUUUCUUUGAAAGAUGACCAUACACACACUUUUUUUUGUACUGUAAUCAGGGCUCACAAUUUCCAAAAGCCAUUUGACUACAAAUUCUAAGCACUGUUGUAAUGUUACACGAAGUUACGUUCUGAUGUUUCAAAUUUUAAAAUGAACUCACAUGACCAUGUCAUACAGUACCGUAUUUUUCGCUCCAUAAGACGCACUUUUUUUCCCCUCAAAAGUGAGGGGAAAUGUCUGUGCGUCUUAUGGAGCGAAUGUGAAGAAUUACUUACCUGUAUUGGAGCGUGGGCCGGCUUCACAGCGCGCUCCGUGGUCCAGGAACUUCUAUUUCAGGUUCCGGUUUCCGGCGGGACUGAAAGGAAGUGUGCACACUUCCUUUCAGUCCCGCCGGAAACCGGAACCUGAAAUAUUAGUUCCUGGACCGCGGAGCGCUCUGUGAAGCCGGCCCACGCUCCAAGACAGGUAAGUAAUUAUGGGACAAGGGGAGGGGGAGACACUAUGGGACAAGGGGAGGGGAGACACUAUGGGACAAGGGCAGGGGAGACAUUAUGGGACAAGGGCAGGGGAGACACUAUGGGACAAGGGCAGGGGAGACACUAUGGGACAAGGGGAGGGGAGACACUAUGGGACAAGGGGAGGGGGAGACACUAUGGGACAAGGGGAGGGGGGACACUAUGGGACAAGGAGAGGGGGAGACACUAUGGGACAAAGGGAGGGGGAGACACUAUGGGACAAGGGGACGGGGAGACACUAUGGGACAAGGAGAGGGGGAGACACUAUGGGUAAAGGGCAGGGGGUACACUAUGGGAGGGAAAGUGCACUAUGGGACAAUGGGAGGGGGGAACUAUGGGAGGGAAAGUGCCCUAUGGGACAAUGGGAGGGGGGGACACUAUGGGAUCAGAACACUAAUGGACAAGGGGAGGAGGGGUUAAAGAACACUAUGGGACAGGGUAGGAGGGGUUAACAAUCACUAUGGGACAGAGGAAAGGGGGGUUAAAGAUCAUUAUGGGACAGGAGAGGGGAGUGGGUGGUAAGGAACACUAUGGGACAGGGGAGAAAAACAAAUAUUCUGAACAAACUGUCCCAUGGUAAGAAACACUAUGGAACAGUUUGUUCAGAAUAUUUUUUUUUCUGGGUUUCCUCCUCUAAAAACUAGGUGCGUCUUAUGGUGAGGUGCGUCUUAUGGAGCGAAAAAUACGGUAAUUCAGGCUUGUACAUUCUUUACGAUGUCUGAAACAAGCUUGUUUGUACACUUUUCAGGUUCAAGUUCAGAUUUAGUCCUUGAAGAUACUGUACCCAAAGAACAAAAAUCUACUAGGUGAGUUUUCAGUACUUAUUCUGACGUUGGUAUAUUUUAAGUGCAAGAGAAAGUUGAUACUUUAGCUCUUAAUACAAACUAAUGCCUAGCAAUAUAGACAUUGUCUAUGUUAAAUAGACCAAGUCUAUAUUGCUGGGCAUUAGUUUGUAUUAAAAGCUAUUCUAGAUGGGUGGAGCAGUCCUUUUUUAUAACUCUAUAUAACAUGUUUGUAAAAAAAUUUAAGUUUUGAUUAAGCUUAAAAUGGCAAUCUUAAAUGUGUAAAUAUAAAAGGGUAUAUUUGGAUACGAAUUACGUUCUAGUGCUAAUCUGACCCAUGUUAUAUAAUGGUAGCCCCACACAAGUUUGUGUGCUUUCAUAUUUUUUUUUUUUUUGUCAAUGAAUAUCCUUAUCAUUCUACGUUUCUUUUUUUUUCUUUUUUUAGUCAAUCAAUUUUCCAGGCAUUACUCUGGAUAAAAGAAAUGUAAGUAACACUUUUUUUUUUUUUCUUUUCUUAAAUUGAUGACUCAUUCUUUUUGCUUGCUAAUGUUCAUUCCAUGUUUAUUAGCUCUAGCACCUAUGACUCCAGAGCAAGAGAAAGAAGCAGACAAAUAGAAAAAGAAAAAGCACGUGCUUUACAGUUACAGAAAGAGGUAAUGUAUGUGUAGGGGGCUACACAAUAGGCCGUAGGGAAGAAUGUUAAUUUGGGUUAGUUCUUGCAAGAGGUUGAGUAUUUUGACUGAAAUUCAAAGACUCGAAUGUAUGAGCCUCUUUAGUAAAUGCUUAUCUUUAUGGUUCAGGAAAAAUCUGUUUAUAUGCUUUAAGGAAACAUGGGAUACUAAAACUAACCCAUGUUAAGUAGAUAGUUUUAAAAUAUGUAAAGUUUUUGCAAACACACAAUUUGCAGAGUUUAGUCACAUUACCCAUUUCCUCCAUUUAUAUAUUUUAACCCCUUAAGGACCAAACUUCUGGAGUAAAAGGGAAACAUGACAUGUCACACAUGUCAUGUGUUCUUAAGGGGUUAAGGACACAUGACACGUGUGACAUGUCAUGAUUCCCUUUUAUUCCAGAAAUUUGGUCCUUAAGGGGUUAGUGAAAACCUGGAGCUAUAAAAGUGGCCAUUGCAGCAGGUUUUCAAAGCUCUCUACACAUGGCAGCUAGAGAAUGCAGGGAUUAUGGCUCAGAAUUGCUUUACUAAGGACUUAUUUUAGUGCAACUGUAAAUGUAAUAUUUUUUUUUUUUUGCAUUCUAAUAUACAUAGCGAUUGCGGGACCAUUCUGUUCAAGAAUCUGUAGACUUGCACCUAAGGGUGCCUCUUGAAAAGGAAAUACCUGUGACUUUGCUUCCAAAAAAAGAAAUUCAGGAAGAGGAGAAUGAAUUUCCUGAAUUAACAGAGGUACGUUUAUUAAACAAGAUACCUACUUAAUUUGCAGUGUGCACUAAACACUUUCUGCAGCUACUGUAUUUAAUAGUCUAUACGACAUGGUUAGUAGUCUGCCUUUUACAGUUCCUCUAAGCACCAAAACCUCUACUUUGACAACUUUUGACUGAAAAUGUAAAUUUGUAUUUCUGACAAAUGGCAAUAUUUACAGUUUGCCAGAAACAUGCCUCUGACUGUCAAGCCCACUAGAGGCACUUCCUCCUUCAGAUCCUUGAAUGUUUGAUAAUGUUUAGUGUUAUCACACACAGCAUGAUGCUGAAUGCAGCUAAUCCUUUUUAUAGAAAAACAUUGCUCUGUCUGUAUGUGUCCUCUGCUUUGAAGAGGUAUUCCUAACAGUUUAGUGUCCCUUGCUCUCCCUCCCCCGCUCCAUCCUUAAAAGGAUUAAAAUCCUUUGAACACUUACCUGAUUCCAGCGCUGAUUUACCUCUGCGCUUGCAUUUGGGGUUUUGCUUGAUGCUGCAUUUCCACAUGCAAAGCGAGAGGACGUUCUCAUUGUGAUUCUGCUAUAUGGUACUCUUGAAAGGAAUUUUUUAUUUUAGAUUACAGGCCCCCUUUAAAAUGUAUCUGUCUCAAUCUCACUUUAUACAUCCAGUGCAGAACAAAACUCUCACCGCAGCUGAAUCCUACUUGAAUUAGUCACUGUACUCUAGGUUGUAAAGCAAUCUUCAAAGUUAUCGUACGUUUAUUGGUGGUAUCUGUCAUUUUGAAAUUAUAUGGUUUUUAAUGUAACUUUUUCAAUUCUUUAUUUUUCAUUGACAGAGGUUACAUGUACAGAACAAAUGUAAAAAUAAACAUAUUUUAUAUCAUUAUAAGCAUGAUAAACAGUAACACUUGCAGCACCUUUAACGCUUCAAUUUACCCUGAUUUAUGUCUGAGUGCGCCUGGACAAUGCGCUCUGCUAGGUUCAUUCCUCCUGUCCGUGUUAUUUACACAAUCAAGUUACCGCUUGUCAACAUGUUUGUCCUUUCUAAGAGAUUAACAGCGCUUCUUAUAUUCUGAUCAAGUGAAAUGAGACGGUACAUCAACGUAGAUGUUUCCCACUGGUUAUGUCCCUGUUUGUUUACUUAUGAUCUGUGUCAUGCGAUAUUUGUCGUAGAGACUUGGAGAUUCUGCGUCUCUUUCCUUAUUCUCUUUCUUAUUCCAGUACUCAGUUGGUUCCUCCCCCUGAAUUUGUUAACAUUGAGGAGAAGAACAGGGGGGGGGGGGUGGAAAUCUAUGUCCCUCAGCACAGUGGGCUAUCCUCCCAUGGUGCCCAUAUUUUCUAAAACUUUUUAUGGGUACCCCUAAGUCUUGCUGUGAGGUCGUCCAUUAGGUGGACUUCCCGUAUUCUGUUAAGGACCCCCCCCUAUGGACGGUGUGGUAGGUUUAAGCCAAUCUGAGGCCAUCGCUCUCCUAGCUGCGAGGGUUAUUUUGUGUAUAAGUUUCUGUUCGUGUCUAGUCCACCUGUCUGUGGUCCUACUCAGGAGGUAUAUCCACGGGUCCAGAGGAGGGGCCUUGGCUAGUACCUGAGUUACCAAGUCUCUAACCUUUUGCCACAAUUGUGCUAUCUGUGGGCAUGCCCACCACAUGUGGACAUACGUUCCCUUCAUACCGCACCCUCUCCAGCACACAUCUGUUUGUGUCUUUCAUGUGGUAUAGCUUGACCGGAGUUGUGUACCAUUCUAGUAUUGAUUUAACCGCUUGUUCCUGUAAUGUAACACAUAUAGAGGCUGUGUGUUUGGCCUCCCAUAUCUCCUGCCACUCUAUUCCCUCUAAUUCCUCACCUAGAUCCCUCUCCCACUGUUCUGAACAGAUGUGUGCGUAUAGAGUCAAACACGUAGGCAUAUUCAAUGUAACCUUUUUUUUUUUUUUUUUUUUAAAGCUGUUUUAGCCAUAACCACUUAUUUUGUUUAUUAGGAAAUGGAUCGAGAAAUAAAACGUGCAUUUUUUGGUGGCAGUCAAGAUCAAAUUUUAAGUGAAGCUUUUCGUUUAGCAAUUACCCGUAAAGACAUUAUGACACUGAAUAAUCUGAACUGGCUAAAUGAUGAGGUAUGUAUUUUAUCUGUGUAGUAUUGUAUUUUGUGUGUGUUUGUGUUUUUUAUUUUAUUUUUUUGGGGUGGCGGCUGGGGAGGGGUCAAACUAAAAUAUUAAAAUCCUAAGCUUUAAAUUUUUCUGAUUUAAACAGAUCUUUAUAUUGCUUUAUAUCUUUCAAUUUGUUUAAGUAUCAUAAAGUACAAUCUGUCACUUUUCACUCUACAUUUUUGUUCCCAUGCAGAUUAUAAAUUUCUAUAUGAAUCUUUUGGUGGAAAGAAGCAAGAAAAAGGGUUUGCCCACGGUCCAUGCAUUCAACACAUUCUUUUAUCCCAAGUUGAAAAAUGGCUAUCAAGCUGUUAAAAGAUGGACAAAAAAGGUGGACAUAUUCUCAAUGAACAUUAUAUUGGUUCCAGUUCACCUUGGAGUUCAUUGGUGUUUAGCAGUAAGUAAAGAGAUGCACUUAUUUAAAUGAAAAGUACAUUGCGUUCUAGUUGUUAAACUGUUCUAUAUUGAUUCAGUAUGUUACUUUUUCUAAUUGUGUUUCUGUCUAGUCUAAUCUAUAGGAGGAAAUCAAAAUAUAUAUAUAUAUAUUUUUUUUUUUUUUUUCUCUCCCCUUUCAGGUGAUAGAUUUUAGGAAAAAGUCCAUCACAUAUUAUGAUUCCAUGGGUGGUUUAAAUAAUGAAGCUUGCAGAAUAUUAUUGUAAGUACUCCUGAUUUAUAAACAUUUGUUUAUUUUAACAAAGUACUUAUUACAUUCACUUUGCUUUUAAUAAAAGUUUUUCAUAGAACAUUGCAAUUAUUCAUGAUUCCAGAAAUCAAUUUGUAGAAAUCUUCCAUCUUGCCAGUUUUCAGUUGCUGCUUCAAAUUCUGUAAUCUCCUAUAGUGAAAUUCUGGCCUUCUGCUUGGUUAUUGGAUUUAUUUACUAAACUCUGAAUUGUAGUGAGUUGAAGGCAAAAUGUAGUCAACAAUAGAUAAUUAAGAAAAAUUCUCCCACUCGGUUAUAGUCAACAAAUUUGCAAUGCAUGUUUUCAUCCCUUGCAGUUUGGAGAUUAGUUUACAAACCCUUAAGUGUUAUAUAAGUGUGUGUGUAUGUCAAUUUGUUCUUUUUUUUUUUUUCCUCCAUACAGACAUUACCUAAAACAAGAAAGCCUAGAUAAAAAGGGAAUAUGUUUUGACACAAAUGGUUGGACUCUGUCCUGCAAGAACAAUCAGGUAUGCUUUUGUGACAUUUAUACCUGUGUCUUUGUUAUGCUUACUUAAAUUUAAUGCUUAAAUAUUAUUUUUUAGGAAAUCCCACAACAAAUGAAUGGGAGUGACUGUGGAAUGUUUGCUUGCAAGUAUGCAGACUACAUUACCAAAGAUAAGCCAAUCACCUUUACCCAGGUAAUUUUAAAGCAUUGCUUGCGGUUAUCUCCUUUUUGUUAUAGUGCUGUGUGUUUUUUUUUUCUUUUUUCUUAAUAGAUAUUAAAGUAAUACAUUUCUCUGUAUAGCCCAUUCUAUUUAUCUCUCUUCAUCCAACCUGUUGGUCUUUGGGAAAUUAUCCAGCAAAACAAAUAUGAAAAUGCUUCAAUACAGUAUAACAGAUUUUCAGUUUUCUAUGUUUAUCCCCACUCCAAUAAUGCUAUUUUAUUUAAACGUUUUGUGUGCCUUCAGUGUGUUCCGAACUUCACCAAAUGUCACUAGUCAUUCAAGGGUCUUUGCUUACUUAAAGCUUUCCCUUACUUGUUUUGCCAUCUUUCUCCUAGCAUCCAUCUUCAGUUCCUGUCAAUUCCCUUAAGACAAUGUCCAAUCCUAGAAUGUAAUGCUUUUUUCCACAUCAUUGGCACUGAAAAGCAGAUAUAAUACUGGGUUCAGUUAGAUAUUCUGUAUCCAAGCAGUGUUUCAGAGGACCCCUGUUGACAGACGUUAUGCUUAACAAGUUUAUAAUUGCUAAGAUAAUCAGAUUCUCCUCCCCCCCCCCCCUUUUCUUUUUGAUUGCAGCGUCACAUGCCAUACUUCAGAAAGAAAAUGGUUUGGGAAAUUCUUCAUCAGAAAUUGCUUUGAAAUUUCUCUGGAAUUAAGAGAAUUCAGAAAGUAACCGGUGACAAGUGUGUCACAGUUCACUGAGCAGAACAUGGACCAAGGAACAUCAGCAUAUAUAUAUAUAUAUAUUUUUUUUUUUUUUAACACAACACGUUUACUAAUGUAAAUGGUAAAAACUGUUAUGGCUUCCUGCCAUAUUUUUUAAUUAUAUUGCCAAACCUUUGACUUUUUUUUUUUUUGUAAUUUCCUACAUUAAAUUCUGUCUGAAAAUAGACCUAUUUAACAUAAAUGCCUACUUAUGUAAUUUUUCAGAUGGGAUUUUCAUUGAGUAAAAUAUAUUUUCAUUUUGAGCAGUGACUCUAACCGUAAAUUCUCCUCAGACACGCCUAUAAAGUUCAGUCACAUUAACUGCAAAGGUGUAUGUUAAUAAGUUCCAGCACUAUUUGCUCUGAUAAUGAGCAUUCACUGUUUGUACUUGUAUAAUAGAAUAUAUAUAUUUCCAACUACUGUUUUAUAAAGUGUGUACUUAAGUGUGAUAUAACAAACCACUUUUUGAUUUCUGUCUUUUCUAUACUGGAAUUUUUUUUUUGGGGGGGGGUGAUGGGGAUAAGAUUUGAAGUACUAGUGCAUAAUUGUAAUAUAAAAGUACUUCUGUAAAAUGAAUUUUUUUUUUUUUUUUUUGAUCAAUGAUUUAAGCUUCUAGCCUACCUCAAUUCGCUUUAAAGGAAAACUCAUUACAAUAUAAUAUUAAUAUGUAAUUUCCCUUGUAUCCCUUCUUAAGGAAAAUCUACUUUUACUGCAACAAACUGGUCUGUUUGUGUCCCCCCCCUAUCCCACCCUGUUCUCUGCGAACAGUAUUUAGUGUGAUCCUUUGUUAGAUGCGCCACUUGACUGACUCAGGAUUACUUCAUUAAUGAAAUUCGCUCUGACUGAGCUUCCAAAGUUAUCAUUGAGAGCAGGGAAAUGGGAAGCUCACCUCUGUAUAGCCGUGAUAACCUCAAUCUUUCUACUUACUAAAUGCUUCGCAACCACAGGUGUCUGCGACAUGUUAAAAGUGCAUUCAUUGAGUGGAAAUUGCAUCUGCUGCAGUAAAAAAUGAUUUCAUAUAUGUAAAAAAAAAAAACUUUUUAAUGAUGGUUUUCCUUUAAAUACUCAUGACAGCGGUGGACAUUUACUGAUUGCUAAUUAUCACAAUUUAGUGGCCUGAGAUGUUUGACUGUAGCAAUGACUUGACCAGCAAGACUGACAGAGUAAAGAAAUGAAAGGCGGAAUAAUAUAUUUUGGGGAGAAAAAUAUUUUUCUAAUUGCUUUUUCUGCUUUUGCUUUUCAAGAAAUAUUUAAUGUAGUUUUUCUAUACAAAAUUGUGUACAGUGAAGCUUUUUUCAUGUUAUUUACUUGCCUAUUUUCUAUUUAAAUAAAAUGUAAAACAUUUGUGCACUUGAUGUUGAUUUACGAUUAAUACUUAAUCAUUCUUUCCA